AGAUCUACAAGGUAACAGAAAGGAUUGUAAUCAGAGAUUGGAAGUGGGAUUGGCACUAUCCACAAUGACUAAUCACAAGAACUAUGGCAUCCAACCAUUGCGAACCAUGUACUGCACGUUGUAUGACUCAUACAGCAGUUCGAUGGUGUUCCGAAUGCGAAGAAUCUCUGUGUUCUGAAUGUACAGAAGCCCACAAGGUUCAAAAAAUUACUAGAAAUCACCAUUUGAUAGAGACAGGUAAAUUACCAGAAAGAAUUAAUCUCUCCUUUAAUUGUUCAAAGCAUGAAGACUUACCAUUGGAAUUUUAUUGUGUAAAUGAUGAUGUUAUGUGUUGUCAGGAAUGUUUGCCCGAAAAUCAUCGAUCAUGCGAUAACGUCAUAUCCGUUGAACUGGCAUCAAAGAAUUCAAAACACUCGCAGUCGUUCGUUGAUUUCCAAGACCAGCUGAGCUUUAUAUUCGAGGCUUUAUAUAAGUUGAAAAACAAAUGCAAGGAAAGCGAUAGCCGAAUAGAACAACAAGAAACACAAAUUCGAAAACAAAUAGCGAAAAUUAAAGAGGACAUUAUAAAACAAUUGGAAAUUUUGGAGGAAUCACUUCUAAAAGACCUAACCAAAAUCAAAGAUAAAAGCAAAUCCAGGGUAAAACGACUAGAAAAGGAUAUAGGUGACUUGAUAACAUCCUCAAAAGUUGAAAAGGAAACAUUAGAAUUUGUAAGAGAUCACGGUUCUGAUAAACAAGCGUUUGUUUCUAUUAAUUCAUCCAAACCAAUCUUGGACGAAAUUGAAACGAAAGUUAAGCAGUUAUUCGAAUCGUUUACAGACACCAAUCUUACGUUCGUCGAAAGUAUCCUAAAGGAAAAAUUUGAAGAUCUCGGAUCAAUAGAAUUUAAGGAAACGCCUUGUAUCUUUUCUUUUGUACCAUACAAGCAGUGCCAGUCACAGGUUCCAGUCGUUCUAAAGCGCACGAUCCCCUCUUACACCUAUGUAUACGACAUUUACACGAAAGGUGAGGUGUUGGAAGGAGUAACUGGCAUUACGAUAUCAGACAAUAACACGUUGAUUUUCUGUGAUGUAAAUACUGGAAAGGUUUAUUUUUGUGAUGAAAAUGAUAACUUCUUAUCAUCUAUCAGCUUUUCUGCUAAACCAUGGAAUAUAGAAGCCAUACCAGGAACAACUACUGCUGUAAUGACUGGUAGAACUGAUCCUUACGUACGGUUCUUAGAUAUAAGAAAACGGAGGUUUUUAAAGAAAGUAAAAGUGGGUCAGAGUGGGAGUGGUAGUAUUGCUGUUACCAAAGAUAACAUUUUCGUUACAAUUAAAGGAGAGAUACAGGUUUUAGACUUGAAUGGAAAGGUUAAAAGAAUAAUUGGUCUCAAACAAGAACAAGCUAUAAAUUGGUACAUUUCUGUUUGCCCAAAUGGGAAUAUUUGUUAUUCAAAUGGAAACGCAGUUCAUUCCAUUACAUCAGAUGGGUGUCCUGUUUUUACCUAUGCGUCGCCCGAUCUUCGUUAUGCACGAAAUGCAAUAACAGAUAAUGCUGACAAUAUAUACAUCUUAGAUUGUAAAUCAAGUAACUUACAUAAACUUACAUCUACUGGAAAUUUAGUUGACAUUUUAUGGGACGAUAGUUUGUCCGAACCUUAUGUAUUUUGUUUUAGUAAGAACUUUUCAAAAAUCUACAUUGCAAAUAACAAGGGAAGAACAAUGUCAGUAUUUAAGAAAAACUAG